AUGCCGCGCACUCCGGCCUCCAGCGAGGAGGAGGAGGGGGGCCGAGGCUCCGAAUACCCCGAGGGCGACUCGGAUUCGGGGAGUUCCCGCGAGGGCCCCCCCGGAACCAACCCCGGACCCCCCCGAACCCCUCGGGGACCCCCGAGACCCCCCCCGGCCCCCGACGACGCCCAUUUCAGCAUGAUGGUUUUCCGCAUCGGCAUCCCCGACCUGCACCAGACGAAGUGCCUGCGUUUCGACCCGGGGGCGGCGGUGUGGGCGGCCAAGCAGCAGCUGCUGUGCGCGCUGACCGAGGGCCUCCACGACGGCCUCAACUACGGCCUCUUCCAGCCCGCGGCCGCCGGCCGCGACGCCAAAUUCCUGGACGAGGAGCGGCCGCUCCGCGAUUACCCCCAGAGCUUCGACCAGGGCGUGCCCUACCUGGAGUUCCGGUACAAGACCCGGGUGUACAAACAAACCAACCUGGACGAGAAGCAGCUGGCCAAGCUCCACACCAAGACGGGGCUGCGGAAGUUUCUGGACUACGUCCAGCACGGCUCGGCGGAGAAGGUGGCGCGGCUGCUGGAGCGGGGGCUGGACCCCAACUACCACGACUCGGACUCGGGGGAGACGCCGCUGACGCUGGCGGCGCAGCGCGAGGGCCCAGGUGAGGUCGAGAUCAUCCGGCUGCUCUGCCUGGGCGGGGCUCACCUGGAUUUCCGCGCCCGCGACGGAGCCACGGCGCUGCACCGGGCGGUGUGCACGCGGCGGUACCCGGCACUGCUGGCGCUGCUGGACCUGGGGGGGUCCCCGAACUACAAGGACCGUCGGGGCCUGACCCCCCUGUACCACACGGCCAUGGUGGGGGGGGACCCGCGGUGCUGCGAGCUGCUGCUCUACAACCGCGCGCACAUCGGCACGGCUGACGAGAACGGCUGGCAGGAGAUACACCAGGCGUGCCAGCACGGCCACUCGCAGCACUUGGAGCAUUUGCUGUUCUACGGGGCCGAGGCGGCGGCACAGAACGCGUCCGGCAACACCGCGCUGCACAUCUGCGCCCUCUACAACAAGGAGAGCUGCGCCCGCAUCCUCCUGUACCGAGGGGCCAACAAGGAGGUGAAGAACAACAGCGGGCAGACGCCGUUCCAGGUCGCGGUGAUCGCCGGGAAUUUCGAGCUGGGGGAGCUCAUCAAGAACCACCGGGACAGCGACGUGG